AUCCCGUCGCCCUUCUCUUUCUCUCCCCCAAAAAGAAAGUACAACAAAACGAAAUAAAACUGCCCUCCUCCCAGCCCCAGCCCCAGCCUCAGCCUUAGCCUUCUCAUUUCAUUUCCUCCUCUACAUCUUCGACCAUGCGAAUCAGAAAACAUGCAAAAAUUUCCCCUCUUUUAUACGCUUCUUCGUCUCUAAAACCCGGCACAGUUAUCCAAACCCACGUCUGCCAGCUCAACCAGUCGCCAUGGGAUGUCAUGACCUUCCCUCCACCAGACCCAUCUACGCUUCCUCCACCUCCCGCCUUUCUGGUCGAUAAAGAUCACAGCUAUUUUCCAAAUGGGUUCUUCUCGGAUCACAUUGCAGCUGACCAGAGACCUGGGCCCAAGGUGAAACUGGACGAUAUCGCGGCCGGGGGCAAGUUUGAGCAAAAGGAAUCAUUAAGGUCGAAGAAAGAAGAAGAGGAUGAGGUUUUCGACUGCAAGAUCGACGGAAAGGGCUGGCAACGCAGGAAAAAGGUGAAAAACGAGCAACCCUUUUGCCAGAGACACUUAGCUCCUCAACCUUCGGCUUCGGUGAAAAAAUCCGAGAGUGGCCGCCGGGCUCGACCCAAGAAACCAGCAUCAUCGUCGAAUCCUUACGAGUUUUACUACUAUUCGGGGUUCGGACCUCGGUGGGGGAAGAAAAGAGGUGCUGCUGCUGCUGCUACUGUUGCUGCUAUGAAAGAAGAACCCUAUACGAGUCACGAUAGUAGCAGUGAGAAUACAUCAAGUAGAAACAACAACAGCAGCAUUAUCGAGGUUGAUGCAGCUGAGGGGCCUAAUACUCCUGAGCCUAGCGUUAAAUCCUCCCCUUUUACCUCUCAAUUUCAUAAGCAAGUACUCGACUAUGUUGAGGAUGAUGAUGAAGACGAUUACGAUAACUACAGCAAACUUGAUGAUGACGAAAAUGGAGAAAUGGGAAGGAAGAGAGCCCGGAAGCCGAUUAAGGCUAGGUCUUUGAAGUCUCUAAUGUGAGUGAGAGGAAUAAUAUGCUGCUACAUACCCAGCAGCAGAAAAAUAGCAUAGCAAGUUUGUGUGUUAGGUCUUUGUGUUGUGUGUUAUAUGUAACUUAUGGAUUAUCGUUCUCUCUUUUUUUUUCUCUCUCUCUCUUUUCUUU